AUAUUAACGCAGGGAUGACUCAGUAUGACACAGCUACUUCUAGAACAUUCUUGAAGGUUACACUACAGCCGUCAAUUACUCCAAAACAAUAGCUGUGUCCGUAAUCUGUCAAGCCCGGUCCAGUAAUUUGUGAAUUACCACUGAAGUUUAUUUCGUCGGAGAAAGUGAGGAACGUAGGGAAACGAAAUGUAAUUUUAGUCACAUUUCGUUAAAAAUAUCGAUCCCGGUUUCGCGCGCAGCGGGCGCAACUUACAUGGAGUGGGCUAUGUUGUCACACAACAUUGGAGAGCAGUCGUGUUUUACAUGUUAGGUUAAGGAUGUUGAGGGAUUGGUUUCGGAGAAUCAAACUAUCCCAUGGUGGCUUUCCAGUUCAGAAGCAGUUCAGUUUGACAAAACAAUGUUUCAGUGAUCGUGUCAGCGGUAAAGAUUCAGGACAAGAAAUUCAGGUUCCCCACAAAGGAAGUUAUCGUCUGAAAGACUGCGACAACAGGAGAAAAUGGGCUGAACAAGUUACUUCCGUGUCUCUAGCAAACGUUGGACAGUGGUGGGAUCCUAAACUGUCCCAAGGGUAUACAACUGAAAAUCUCAAAGGGAACAUAGAAAAUCCGAUAGGACUUGCUAAGAUCCCGCAGGGUAUAGCUGGGCCUUUGCUCAUCAAAGGAGAUCACGUGCACAAUGAAAAGAUUCUGUGUCCUAUCGCUACAACCGAAGGGGCGAUUGUCGCCUCUACGUCAAGGGGUGCUAAGGCCAUCACAAGGUGCGGUGGGGUCACCACGCGCGUCAUAAAGCGCAGGAUCCAAAGAGUGCCAUAUUUUGGUACAGAUUGCAUGCAUCAAGCCCACAAACUGUCACACUGGCUUAUGUCUCAUUUUGACGAACUGAAAGCCAAAGCUGGUGAGGUCAGCCAACACUGCAAGCUUCAGUCUCUGCAGCCCUGGUUUGUUGGUCGCAAUCUUCUGAUGGAAUUUGUCUACGAUUCUGCUGAUGCCGCAGGCCAAAACGCUGUCACCGUUACCACUUGGCACGCUUGUAACUGGGCCAAAGAGAGGAUCGCUCAAGAGUGCCCUGACAUCAAUAUCCGGGAAUAUUACAUUGACACUAAGUUCAGUGGCGACAAAAAUAACAUUCCCAAGAACUACAUCACUGGGCGAGGAAUUGAAGUUCAAGCCGAAGCUUAUAUUACCGAGUCGACCCUUAAAAGUGUUUUUAAAAUUGACUCCAAGAAGUUGGUUAAAGCUUUUAAUGCACUUGCAUUAAGUGGGCAGAGGUCUGGGUCCUAUGGUAUUAAUCAAGUAGUCAGCAACACAUUGGCCGCCAUAUUUACAGCAACUGGACAGGACAUUGCCUGUGUUCAUGAGAGUUCUUGGUCUGUGUUUGAGAUAUCACCGGAAGAAGAAAUACAGUUAACGACAACUGGGCAAGGGUAUGCUGGGAUGAAAAGUGAACCAGGUAUCUAUGCAUGUCUCGUUCUCCCAACCCUGUUGAUUGGAACAGUGGGAGGUGGAACAUACACACCGACUGCCAAAGAAUCACUGAGCAUGCUGGGAUGCCUUGGAAAGGGUCGCAUUUAUCGCUUUGCAGAAAUAAUCGCGUCAUUUGCACUAGCGAUGGAAAUAUCUGCGUUGUCAGCGAUAGCCAGUGAUCAGUUUGCAAGUGCGCACGAUCGACUCGGAAGAAAACGACCGGAAUAAACGAGUCAACCUGAACCUUCUGUCUCACAAAAUCUUUUUUGAUCAC